AUGGAAUCAGCUAUUGAAAAACUUCGUAAAUACCGUGAUGAAGAUUAUCAUUUACACGAUGAAAUAAUUGAAUUAUGGGCAAACAUUUUAUCUGAAUGUGAUUUAUCAAUAUUAGGAGAUGAAAAAUGGUUAAUACUUGAACAAGUAUUCAAAUCAGCAUUACAUUGUUCAAAAGAAUCAAUGGCUCAUCAAUGUCUUGAACGAAUAGAAAAACAAUUUGAAAAAACAAGUCCUCUUCUAAUCACAUUAAAUGCAAUGUAUUUUGAAUCAAUUGAAGAUUUUGAAAAAGCUGAACAAAUUUGUUCAACAUUAAUAGAAGAAAAUGAAACAGAUGACAUUAAAAAAUUUCUUGGUUUAACUAAUUAUUUACUUCAUAUUUGUAGAAAAUCACACGGUCUUCCUUUAACUUGUUUAAAACUUAUUGAAGGUUAUUGUCAAAAAAUUACAAAAUGUAUCAACGAUGACAAUUCUUUAUUAAAUGAUAUGAAAAAUGUACUAAACGAAAUAAAAGAUUUACUUCAAUUAAUUGAUCUGAACGACAUACAAACAGCAAAAAUUAAUCGUAUUAUCCCAGGUCCAAUAAAACGGCGUCGUAAACGGCCUGAAACGGCUAUAAAACGGCGAUUAACGAUGUAA